AUGGCUUUAGAUUGCCACUUUGCAGAAGCUUUGUGCUUGGGUAUUGGCGCGUAUCAGCAUGACCAGUGCCUGCCGCAAGCGGCAGCGGAUGCUGAAAACAUGGCAACCGCAUUCAGAGACCUGGGAUGCUGCAACGUGACAUUUGAGACCAAUCAGGAGAUGUUGACCAGACAAAAGGUGGUGGAACUCGUGUCUGCUUUUGUUCAGCGGGCAAAGCUCCAAAUGCAGGAAGCAAAAACUGCGAGGCUGCCAUUGCUAGUGGCAGUUUUCGUGGCAUCCCAUGGAAUCCAUGCACAUGGCAAAGAACUGCCACUGGUUGUGCCAUCAGACCGCACAUGCAGCUCCGAGACAAAGCAGCUGGUCGACUUGAAUGAGCUCUUGUUGAACGAGCUCACACAGGUACGGCUUCCAAGAACCAAUCGCCGCCCUUGCUGCGUGUGGAUCAUUGUGGACACCUGCCGAUCAGGGCCCAUCACUUCUUGGCAGGCCCGUUCAGAUUGCAAGCAGAUUGAACGCAGUGCAGAUAGGGCGGGGUAUCGCGGCGCGCAGUCUUGCAAGACCGACCUCACACCUGAUUUCCUCUUCGUGCUGGCAUGUGAUCCUGGUGGCUGGGCAUCGGAUUCAAAUAGUUUGUCUUCGAUUCUCGUGAAAUCCUUGCAGCAAGAUGGUGUCAGCAUCAGGGAUGCGUGUGAAGGUGCCAUUGAAGUAGUUCAACAAGCCUCUCGUGGUCAUCAGAGGCCUUGGAUGAUUCAGCGAGGAGGCAAGAUUUUCUCCCAAAUUCGCACAACACCUUCGCAGGCGCAGCGCGCAGUCGUAGAUCCGCUUGAAGCGGAGUGUGUGCCACAUUGGGUUCCAGUCGCCUUUGCUCAAAUUCUUGGAUUCGCAGCAGCGCUGCUGGUGCUGAUGUGCUUCGUCGGCUUUUUCCAUAGUCCGAAGAAUUUUGUAGAAGCAGCUGGACAUGUUGCGCGUUGCAAAGAUUGCCCCAGCCAGUCCUGUCUUUGCACAGAUUGCCUACUAGAUCAAGACAUUUACAGGACAUUUACAGCAAAUCGAGGGCUCCCGAAUCGGGCCCCCUUGGCUGUUCGACAAGUCAUAAGCAUCGGGUCCCCUUUUUGCUCAAAGAAGGCUCGGAGGGAGGAGGCGUCGAGGAGGUGGAAGUCGAGGGGGAAGAGCUACCGACGCUACCGAGAUCCAACGCGAUUUGAUUGCCAGCUGUGGGGAGUUCCCUUGAAUCGCUGUCGUAUUGCCUGGUUUCUUCAGGUGACCAAGCUUGGUUCGGCUCUGGUGAUAUCGCGGAAGUCCUGGUGGAGGGGGUUUGUGCCUCGCGAGGGAGUAACACCACUUGACCUCUGUGUGAUGUUUAUUUCAUUCGUCAACGCGCUUACUUCACUUCAUUGGCUGCUUCCGCAGGAGCCAAACUAUUCCGAGGUGAUCGCCUAUUCAUAUGAAAUGAUUAACUUUAUAUUUAUCGCUGCUUCAAUUUCCAUGCCGAUGUUGAUCCAUACGGAACUCUGGUGGAGCCGCACGCCGAUUAUUUCAAACUUUACAGCCUCUUUUCUCGUGACCGCGCUGCCUGGGCAACUUGUGAUAUUUGUUUGGUCUCGUGCCAUCGGACUUGUCAGUGCAGAGGACGCUGCGAAGCAGCAGUUUUUGUUCUAUGCGUUUGAUGUACUUACAGGAGCUGGGACGGCUGCAGUUGGAUUCGCUUUGUGCAGAGGGAACGAGGGGCCUGUUGCCCGCAAAUCCUUCGAGUUGCUGUGCGUAUCGCUUUGUUGGAUGGUUGUGGUCCUGGCCUGGCUCAUCACAAGCCACUGGAAUGAAGAGCUGAUGGCAAGAACUCACCUGCUCAGGAUAGUUGCAGAAAGGGUAUGCAACUUUUGGAAAAUGCAUUUGAUGGUGUGGUUUUCUGAGCACAGUAUUCAAUGUAAUCUCCUACGUGGUCGUUUGGCUGGUGCAGUUCCAUGGGGGAUGCGGGCAGCCAAAGUCGCAGAACGAAUGCGCAUCACCUGGGUGACAAUGCCGCACACAGGUUGA